UAUACUUUCUUGUCGUGACGUCACAGUUCGCGAGAUGAGACUGGUGACGUCUGGAUUAGAUGGCCUGCUGGAGCCGAGGAGCUGGACAUGUAAACAGCCUUGCGGGAUAUUUAAUCAGCGAUUCGGAGGCGGCGGGAGCCGUUCAGUGAAAAGCGGGACUGUCCCGCGCAAAGCGGGGACCGUUGGGCGCUAUUAAAAUGACAAGAAUCCACAUUGGAGAAGAGCUUACAGUUUAAAAUCUUCAUUGUACUGUGUCAGCUGAGAUGGCUCUUGACAAUCAUGGAAGUCCCCAAGCGGAUGCUGCAUUGAUAAGCUUAUCACCAAGCACAUCUGAUUCACCUUGCCCACCCCGUGCUCCUACUGAUCUCCCAGAUGAGCUUGUGCAAGCUGGAUGGGAGAAAUGCUGGAGCAAAAGAGAGAGCCGUCUUUAUUAUUUCAACCGAUUCACUAAUCAGUCUCUGUGGGAGAUGCCUGUCCUUGGCCAGCAUGAUGUCAUUUCUGAUCCACUGGGUCUCAAUGCAGCCCCAGAUCCAGUGGAGGGGGCGAUGCCAGAGACACCAAAAGAUACCAGACCCCCAAAAAGGAGGAUAUCUGAGGAUCUGUCAACAGGAGAGCCUGUUAAGAAGCUGAAGACAGAACCAACUCCCGUUACACCUGGAGCAGUACCCAGUUCUCCCAUCUUCCCAGGAGUAUCCAUGGAUGAAAAGCAACUCUCUGCUCUUCUGAAAACUACAGAUGUUUACUGGGAUUUGGACAUUCAAAGCAACGUAGUAGUGAAGCCAGUUCCACCAUCACACCUUCUGCCACCGCCUUCUCAGUGCUUGCCCCCACAUCCUGAAGUGGAGCUUUUGCGGUCGCAACUUGUUCUCAAACUGAGACAGCACUACCGUGAGCUAUGCCAACAGAGAGAAGGUAUUGACCCUCCCCGGGAAUCCUUUAAUCGUUGGAUGCUCGAGAGAAAAGUUCUGGAUCGGGGUCCAGAUCCCUUGCUGCCAAGUGACUGCGACCCUGCUGUGUCACCAUCUAUGUUCCGAGAAAUUAUGAAUGAUGUUCCCAUAAGGCUGUCUCGCAUCAAGCAUCGGGAGGAAGCCAAACGGCUGCUGUUUAAGUAUGCAGAGGCUGCCAAACGUCUCAUCGAGUCAAGGAGGGCCUCCUCUGACAGUAGGAAGAUGGUGAAGUGGAAUGUAGAGGACACGUUUAGCUGGCUUCGAAGAGACCACUUAGCUACUAAGGAAGACUACAUGGAUCGCCUGGAACACCUCCGCAAACAGUGUGGCCCCCAUAUGACGGCUGUGGCUAGAGAUUCAGUGGAGGGAAUAUGCAGUAAAAUUUACCAUAUUUCCCGCGAGUAUGUCAAGAGGAUCAGAGAGAAGCACCUGGCACUGCUACGAGAUGCCAGCAUCCCAGUUGAAGUUCCAGCAGUAUCACCCCAAGACAGGCGAGUCUUCUGUCACCCAAUUCGGCUGUCGGUGUCUGCAUUGCCAACUCAGCCAGGAGUGGAUGUACAACAAGAAGGCAGCUUAGUUUGUGUGCGCUACAAAGGGGAAUCUGUGCGAAUCAAUCAGAGCUACUUCAGUAAACUGUACCAGCUUUAUCGUCUCAGCUGUAUAGAUGAUUCUGGAACAGAAAGAUUCCUGUCUCGAAUCUGGUGUCUAAUGCGAAGGUAUCAGGUUAUGUUUGGCACAGCACAGUACGAAGGGUCCGGCUUACAGGGGGCAUUGCCAGUUCACGUGUUUCAGACUUUGCACAAGGUUUUUGGAGUAACUUUGGAGUGUUUUGCCUCACCCUUAAACUGUUACUUCAAACAGUACUGCUCUGCCUUUCCAGACACAGAUGGAUAUUUUGGGUCCAGGGGGCCUUGCUUGAGUUUCUUCCCUGUCAGUGGUUCCUUUGAGGCCAACCCUCCAUUCAGCGAGGAACUGAUGGAUGCUAUGGUCACACAUUUUGAGAAUCUUCUGGACAACUCAGAUCAGCCCCUGUCCUUCAUCAUCUUCAUUCCAGAGUGGAGAGAUCCCCCAACACCAGCCCUCACCCGCAUGGAGAGCAGCCGCUUCAAGCGACACCAGCUGAUUCUUACAGCUUUUCAACAUGAAUACCGUAGUGGAUCCCAGCACAUGUGCAAAAGGGAGGAGCUGUACUAUAAGGCUGUCCAUAACACAGCAGUGAUCUUCCUUCAGAAUGAACCAGGCUUCCUGAAAUGGACACCUACAGCAGAGCGGCUUCAGGAGCUCACUGCAUCUUACAAGCACUCUGGGCGAGUAACCAACUCCGCUGUGGCGUUGGAAAAAGAGCCGACACGAGAAGAGGGCACAAGCAAGGACAGCACUGCAAACUGAUAGCACAGUCCACUAUAAUAAGCAGAAUAUAGUGUACCCACGUAACAGGCUGCACCUGCCCUUCCCACAGAUCUAAAAAUGGAUCCUCUCCUGCCUAUUUGCAUAACAAGAGCAACUGACCGCACACCAAGCCAGGAACACCUUUUCUCUUAUAGAGUUGAAUGUGACCUUUCCUUCAUCGAGGUCUCCCAUACUAAGACACUAACUUUUGUUCCUUUGGAGUUCAGUUGAAGCCUUGCAGAAUUGUGUGUUGCACAGGGAGCAUGUUGCAUCAAUUUCUAGAGCAGGGUGUGAUUGUACAUUCAUUUUAUGGGGCAAUGUAUGAGCAGUACAUUGUUUCCAUUGGACAAGGUGUGCAUUGGUCAAUAUGGCAUAGUGUGACAUGACAUCAAUAUCCUUAGGGCAGGUUGUGAGCGUUUAUCAACUCAUUAAAGGAGAAGGAAACCCUGUAGAAAAAAACCCUGUACCCACCCCCACCUCAUGUAGACCUCCCUCCCUCUACCCCCUAGGCUAACUGCCCCCUGGGGAAAUGCCCCAUACUUUAUACUUACCCCUCGUCGCAGAUUCUGGCAGCUGACAUUGCGGCAUCCAUCUUCCAGGUCUGGGAGAUCGGCAAUCUUCACCAAUAUCAAAUUGCUGCAACUGUGCAUGCACUGACCUACCGGUCUUCCAGUCCGAGGACCCGGAAGAUGGAUGCUGUUUAGUCUGCUGCCAGAAUCUGCGACGAGGGGUAAGUAUAAAGUAUGGGGCAUUUUCCCUGGGGGGGGGGCAGUUAGCCUGGAGGCAGUAGGGUCGGGGGUACGGAUUUUUUGCUACAGGGUUUCCUUCUCCUUUAAGACUAAGUGGAAGAGUGCAUCAGUUCCUUAGCAGAGGGCUAAUAUGUUGUAUGUUCAUACAUUUCUUGGGGCAGAUUAUUAGCUUGUAUUAUAAAUUAUACAUAGUGCAGGUCUGCCUUCAGCCUAUAGGGCAUACAUGCUUACACAUGGUGCUUACACAUGGUUCCCUCAUUAACAGCACAAAAUAAAGAUAGGGAAACUGUGGGAAGACACUAGGACUCGGCAUGGUUCUCUAAGCAGCCAUGUAUCAAGUAGAGCACUCCCAUUCAGUUGUCGGGUGAAGCAACGAUACAUUUCAGCAACUUCAUUGGUGGAAACUUGCAGCUGCAAUAGAGGCAAGUCCUCCUGUCAUGAAGAAGGGACUUGUAUUCAUGUGUAAAUAGAUAUUUGUGUAUUUGCUCUCUGCAUUUUAUUGUUGGUGUUGUGUUCUUCAUGGGGGGGAGCGGUAGGGAUCUGCAUGUUUUUCUCCCCUGCGCGAGUGUUUUCCUUUGUAUUGUGAUUCAUCCCCCAUUGUUUUAUCUGCUAAAUAUUAAGUGUAAUUAAUUUAAUGUCUAACCAUUUUAUUACUUUUAUCAAACAGUAAAAGUCUAUUUUUGAUUUUA